UCACAAUCGACCCAGCUGCGCAGCGGAGAAGAGCCGCUUUGCCGCUUCUUUAGAUGAUGCAGUUUAGUGUGGUUUUAAUGCAUUUGUGAACGCUUUUCAGCUGUUUAAGGACUGGACAGAGUUGGACAGCUCAAGGCUGACUUUACGUUUUUCAGAACAAUAAUUCCCUGACGCAGCCCAACGCUUGGAUUUGUAAACUUUAGUUUUUGUUUGUUUGUUUUCUGGCCCUGAAUGUAAUUCACGAACAUCUGGAGGGACCCGCAACAAAGCUUUCUCAAAGAGUCAAUCAAAAUAAUUUUUGCAACUUCGAAAAGGAUUAAUUCCAAAAAGGGAAUCUUUGGUGUGGAACCAGCAUUGUGUUGGACGGGAGUGUGUGAUUUCGUGUGUGUUGGCAGCGCUACAUUGGCAGCAUGUGUGGAACAGUGGAGGAUGUCUGAGUCUGGUCUCCGUGGUAAGGACACUCGUCCCUGUGCCCCUCUGCCCGGGAUGGUCCCGCUCUGUCUCCUCCUGUACCUUACGGCUCAUAUCUUCCCACCGGUGUACAGUGCCCGACUGCUGUCCGCAGAGCCCACAGACUGGGUAUCGAGUGAGGUAUUUCUGGAGGACUAUAUGGCAGGAGUCGGGGACACUGUGGAUCUCUCCUGCACUCCACGUGACUUCCUAGUCCCUAUCGUGUGGCAGAAAGAUGGCGACGCUGUGUCUCCUAGCAACCAUACGUGGGUGGGGCAGAAAGUGCUCCGCAUCAUCAACGUCUCCUAUGAAGACUCAGGGGUGUACUCCUGUAGACACACCCACAGCAGCAUGCUGUUAAGUAACUACACCGUCAGAGUCACUGAUUCCUUGUCCUCUGGCGAUGAUGAGGACUAUGAUGAAGAUUCGGACGAUGCAGGUAAUGGAAAUGUUCCAUACUGGACCCGCCCCGACCGGAUGGAGAAGAAGCUAUUGGCUGUUCCUGCUGCCAAUACAGUGAAGUUCCGCUGUCCUGCUGCUGGCAACCCAACGCCCACCAUCCACUGGCUGAAAAAUGGGAAAGAAUUCAAGGGAGAGCAAAGAAUGGGCGGAAUUAAAUUGAGGCAUCAGCAGUGGAGUUUGGUAAUGGAGAGUGCGGUUCCAUCUGACCGAGGGAACUACACGUGUGUGGUACAGAACAAAUAUGGCACAAUCAAGCACACUUACCAACUCGACGUGCUGGAGCGUUCCCCUCACCGGCCCAUCCUACAGGCGGGGCUCCCAGCUAAUCAGACGGUGGUGGUGGGCAGUGAUGUUGAGUUCCACUGUAAGGUGUACAGUGAUGCUCAGCCACACAUCCAGUGGCUCAAACACAUCGAGGUUAAUGGGAGUCAGUAUGGGCCUAAUGGCACCCCCUACGUCAACAUCCUUAAGACCGCGGGUAUAAAUACUACAGAUAAAGAGCUGGAGAUUCUCUACCUGACCAAUGUGUCUUUUGAGGAUGCGGGACAAUAUACUUGUCUCGCAGGGAACUCCAUUGGCUAUGCUCAUCACUCUGCCUGGCUUACAGUAUUACCAGCGGUGGAGAUGGAGAGAGAGGAUGAUUACGCUGACAUCCUCAUCUAUGUGACUGGCUGCGUGCUCUUCAUCCUGACCAUGGUCAUCAUCAUCCUGUGCCGUAUGCGUAUGAACACGCAGAAGACUCUUCCCAUGCCGCCAGUGCAAAAACUGUCUAAAUUCCCCCUCAAGAGACAGCAGGUUUCCUUGGAAUCUAAUUCUUCCAUGAAUUCAAACACCCCAUUGGUCAGGAUUGCCCGCCUGUCAUCCAGCGAUGGACCGAUGCUGCCCAACGUUUCUGAGCUUGAACUGCCUUCUGACCCCAAAUGGGAGUUUUCUCGUACAAAACUAACACUGGGAAAACCGCUGGGAGAGGGCUGCUUUGGGCAGGUGGUGAUGGCUGAAGUCAUUGGGAUUGACAAAGAGAAACCCAACAAACCUCUUACUGUUGCUGUCAAGAUGCUCAAAGAUGAUGGCACAGAUAAGGACCUGUCGGACCUUGUGUCUGAAAUGGAGAUGAUGAAGAUGAUGGGAAAACACAAGAACAUCAUCAACCUGCUGGGAGCAUGUACACAAGAUGGUCCUCUGUAUGUGCUGGUGGAAUAUGCUUCUAAAGGGAAUCUUAGGGAAUACUUGCGUGCAAGACGGCCUCCUGGGAUGGACUACUCAUUUGACACCUGUAAGAUCCCUAACGAAACUCUGACAUUUAAAGACCUGGUGUCCUGUGCCUAUCAAGUCGCUAGGGGUAUGGAGUACUUGGCCUCAAAGAAGUGUAUCCAUAGGGAUCUAGCGGCUCGGAAUGUUCUGGUUACCGAGGACAAUAUAAUGAAGAUUGCAGACUUUGGCCUGGCUAGAGACGUGCACAACAUUGACUACUACAAGAAGACCACCAACGGUCGUCUGCCCGUCAAAUGGAUGGCACCAGAGGCGCUGUUCGACCGGGUAUACACGCACCAGAGCGAUGUGUGGUCUUACGGUGUGUUGUUGUGGGAGAUUUUCACACUGGGCGGUUCACCGUACCCAGGUAUCCCAGUGGAGGAGCUCUUUAAACUGCUGAAAGAGGGCCAUCGAAUGGACAAACCUGCCAACUGCACUCAUGAACUGUAUAUGAUUAUGCGAGAGUGCUGGCAUGCUGUUCCUUCCCAAAGGCCAACGUUCAGACAGCUGGUGGAGGAUCACGACAGAGUUCUUUCCAUGACUUCUACUGACGAGUAUCUGGACCUGUCGGUACCAUUCGAGCAGUACUCUCCUACCUGUCCAGACUCCAAUAGCACCUGUUCUUCCGGAGAUGACUCUGUGUUUGCUCACGACCCCUUACCUGAUGAGCCCUGCCUCCCUAAACAUCACCACAGCAAUGGGGUCAUACGAACAUAGGCGUCCUAUAAAGGAGUGGUGCUAUAAGGGCCAUGGGGAUCUGCUUUGGAGGAAGACCUGGGACCUUUCCGUACUGGGCCAGUCUCCAUGUAGAUCCGGCACCAGUGUGGCUCUCAUGAAACGAUGAACGAGCAGCUUCAGAGGUCCAACUGUUUGCAGGUCUGAAGGAUGGAUUGUGCAACUCUUUUGGGACCUCCUUUUCUUCCAAAUUAUUAUUCAGCUUUUUGUCUUCGAAAAAAAAAUUCCUAUUUUUGUAUUCGGCCAGUUUCGUUUUUCCUUUGCGCUACACAGUCUGAAGAGAUAAACCAUUCCGUGCCUACCAAAAAAUAAACAACAAACAGACAAAUUGUUGCACAGGAAACAAAAAGAAUGAACAAACACUGUGUUACUGUGUCACAGCACAGUUCUAAAGUGGCGUUCACAGUUUGUCUUGUCAUACGUGUGAAUUCUCAUCAUGCUUAAAGAUGCAGCAAUAUCUUACUGGAGUGAAUAUUGAACCCAUGGCCAGUCUCUUCUCUCCACUCCGUUAUUUUCUCACAAAUAACUUUUUUUCAUCCUUUUGUUGUAAUGAGAAAAAUGAGAAAAGAGAGAAAGGUCUCCUAGAUGUGAGAUUUGAUUAAAAUAUAACUGUGUGCUUUGUAUGUAUCUUUAAAAAGUUUUUAUUGUAAAUAUAUAGAUAUGAAAAUGUUUCAUAUUGCAUUAAGUAGCAGUGUACUUUUGAAAAAUCAUGAAAUAAUCUAGGAACAAUGCAUUGCAAGUGAACAUACACUGUUGAGAUCAUGUAAACAUUUAAUCUUAAAAAAGCAAAACAAAAGUUUUGUUUGAAUUAACAUGUAUAUUUGUAAAGCUAUUUAUAAAAUUAAGGUUUUUAAAUGGUUUUAAGGUCUAAACUUUAGUCCGGGUUUUGAUACUGUUAUCAAAGGGGUUUCUUCUUGAGAUUUACAUUUUUGUAAGUUAUUUACCAUGGAAGUGCAACCGGUGGGUUGUACUUUAUUUUUGCUCUUUUUCUUCUUCCAUCUCUUUGUUUACAGAGACAAGAAUGUAUAAAAAAAAAUGAUUGGCAAUAUCAGCAGAGUAAAUCGAUGAAACAGAACAUGAAAUAUGUAUGGCAAAUGUUGCUUUGCUCAGUAUUAAAAUACAUGAUUAAAUGACCACAAGUGCUGUUCCUCUUGAGGACGAAAGUGGACUACUUUUAACAAAUUUUUGUAUAUUGCAAAAAAAAAUAAAAAAUUCUCCACAUUUGAGCUUCAAUGCAUGUAAUUUCUAGACACAUACUGUAAACAGUUCACUGUUGUAUUACAAAAGUAUUGGUCUUCUUUGAGGAAUGGUGCUGUGGUCCUUCUAAUCUAAUGCUAUGAUAUGAAGGAAUGCUAUGUGGUUAAAAUCUACAAUGGCAUAAAUUGUGAUAGUAAUUGCUUUAUGGUGAAACCAUAUUAUGAAAGUUUAUUGUAAGGAUGCUCUUAUUUGCUCUUUUGCUAUAUGAAAAUGUAUAAUGUUAGCUAUUUUUAGGUAAUCCUCUGGGUCUGGGUAUGUUUGCAAAGUGCCAAAAUCUUAAACUUACUCUCUUAGUUUUAUGUUAAUGCGUACAGAACCUUUAUUGCUAUUCAAUUCUAGCGUGCAUGCUUGUCAGAUGAGUGUCUGUGGCCCCAGCGAAUCUAAGCAAAAGCAUUGUGGGAUAGCUUGGUCAUGUCUCAGGGUGUCCUUAGACAAUUGCAUUCAAGCAGAAAGCUGGCAAUAAAAUAUAAUGGGAAUGAAUAAGAGGAGACAGUAGGAUGAUUCGCUUGCUGCUAAUAUGCGACAACUGUAGAUUUGAUACGAAACGACUGUAAAGAGUGAAGCAGUCUCUCCCUCCUUCUGCAAACUAUUGAAUAUUUGUACUUGUCAAGUGCCUGUGAGGGAGUUGAGUGGCUGAACAUUGUGACACAGUCUGAAUGUACAGCCACAUUAAUAAAAGAUAUAAGCAGGGUGUUUCUAAAAAUUAUAAACAAAUGAUUUGUUUGGCACUUUGUUACCUUAAAGGGACAGUUCACCCAAAAAAAAAAAGAUUGUCAUAAUUUACUCACCCUCAUGUUGUUCCAAACCCAGGAGACUGACAUUCUCUCAUGGAACACAAAAAGAUAUGUUAGGUAGAAUGUUAGCCUCAAUCACCAUUCACUUUCAUUGCAUUGUUUUUCCAUACAAUCUAAGUGAAUGGGUUCCGAUGUGUGUGGGAAGAAGUGAUGACAGAAUUUUCAUUUUUGGGUAAAUUGACCCUUUAGUUCUCAGAUUGGAUUUUCAUACAUAUGGGUUAUUUAGUCUUCUUCCAGCUGAGGGACAUCAAGUUCUGGAUACAGUGUUUUGCCGUUUGUCUGCUAUGUGUGUAUGGAAUUUUUGGUUUAUUGUUUGGUGUGGGAUGGCAAGGCAAGUAUUCAGUCUUGACUUUCUCUUUUGUACAACUUAUAACCUCUGGCUCACCUCUUUUUCCCCUUUGUGUCCUCUGCUCUACUACUGAUCACUCACUUGCAUUGUUUCAAACAUAUCAAAACAAUGUUGCUGGUACUUUUUCCUCCUCAAUGAAAAAAAUCUACAUUAUUUAUUUCCUUGUAUUUAUGUUUUAUUUUAUUAGUUUUUUGUCUUUAUCCUUUAAAAGUCAAUUUAUUUUCAUGACCUUAAUGUUGUUUUAUUUUUAUUCAAAUGGUUGGCAUUCCUUGAUGCUUGUGUAUUUUAGGAUUGAGGUAGAGCCAUGAUGCAUUUAGGGGUUGAAGAAGGUUUUCUUUAAUGUUUACAUUAACUUCCAUACAGUUUCAAGGACAAUGUUUUCCCAGCACUUUUAAAGUGGCUGCAUGAUAAGCAAUACUGGUGUGGUGUCAACACUUUCAUUAAUUUUACACUCAUAUGUUUUUUUUUUUCUUAAGCUCUAUUUGAUAGUGCCGUUCAGCUCUUAUUAGAAUUAAAAUAUUAAAUUAAGUUAUAGAUUUAAAUUUGCAAAUUACUGUUAUAUGAGUAGAUUAUAUCUAGGUUUGUGUGUUUCUUGUUUUAAUAGGGAUGAAAGCUACUUUACAAUUUUUCCUACAAAAAUAAUUGCAUUGCAUUCCUGUUAGAUUUAUUUUUCUUCAUGUGGUGAGGUUAUAUGUUUGCAGAAUUAAAGUACCCAAGUCAUUCAACCUACAUUUUCAUCACUCUCUGUGUAACAAAAGAAUGGAAUGGUUUACUAACAGUGUUUUUUUAUAAGUUUUUUUUCUUUUCCAUAUCUCUGUAUCUCUGAAACAUUCCAUUCUAUUUCAGUUGUGCCCCAUACCAGCUGUUAAACCACUUUACACUCUAUCAGUCUGUGCCUGACGGAAUUAUGCUGUCAAAAAAAACGUUUUCAAUAAACACAACAAAA